AUGAUUAGCAAAGAUGUCUAUAGGUCACCUCCUCGUGAGGUGUCAUCAUAUAUCCUGAACAAUUAUAAGAAGUUUGACAGUGCCACUUCACAAGUCCCAGCGAAAAACCAAGAAUAUGCCACAAUCCAUCAGUACCCGAAUAGCCCAUCUGCACCCUCUAAUUAUGUACAAGGGGUUAAGCCUUUGGAUCCUAUUGAGCUGAGGAAUAAAGAAAAAGCCUAUUUUGAGUAUGUAAAGAAGCAGAAUGAAAUUAUUAAUAAAGUCAGAGAUGAAAAUAGGCUUAGAGAAGCCUAUGAAAUUGAACAAAAAAUCCAGCGGUUUCAGGAAGACAGAAUGAAUGAAAUUAAUCAAAAGAAAAAAUUAACUGAUUCUCACCAUGUGAGCAAACAAAACAAUUUUUGACUUAGAGGGGAUAUAUAAAAUUUAAAAAAUCCCAAUUCGCAAAAAUUGGAAAGCAAAUAUUAAUUUGAUUUGUAAAAUUUAUGUUUUAGAAUGGGAAUUUCAACAAAAUCAGCUUGAGAUUUCGUUAUAAUAUUAUCAUUUAUAUAAAUUUUUUUCCAUAUAAAACAAUUUUUCGCUCAAGGAGGGCGGGUUUUUGGCUAAAAAUAGGGAUUUUUCCAAUGAUUUUGUUCGCUAACUGAGAAGGGAAGUGAGGACUUGGCUAAUAGCUAUGCCAAUGAUGUAAACUAUAAAAGCCAUGUAAAAGAAGCAGAAAAGAAAGAAAAAAGAAUAAGAGAUGAAGAAAUUUUAAUGCUUGCCAAAUUGGCUAUGGAUAGAGAACAACAGCUUAAAAAUGAGCUAAGGGAACAGCAAAAUAAUAUCGCUAAAGAAAACUUAACUAAUGCUGGCUAUAGGAAAGAUUUGGUAGAUACAAGUAAUCAAGCUUGGAAAAAUGAUGUUGUAAAUCUUCAAGAAAAAUAUGCUAAAGAGGUAGAGGAUAAAGAAAGAGCUUAUAGAGAGAAAUACUCGAAAAUUGAAAAAAGGCAGGCUGCAAGGCAGCAGAUAUUUCAGCAGAAAUAUUUAGAACCGAUGAACCAAAAAUUCCAACAAAUUGAUGAAGCUAUAAGUAGCAGGUUUCAAGAGAGCCAAAUUUUAGCAAGACAAAAAGAAAUUUUAGACGUGAUGAGAGCAAAAGAAGAAAAAGAAAAAUUUAUUUCAGCGAUAAGCCAGCAGGUUCAAGCCAAAGAAGACUUAGAAAUAGAAAAAGCAAGGCAAGAGACUGAAGCUUUGAAGAAAAGACUUGCAGAGCUCGAAGAAAUGAAACAAGAAAGAAUGGUGGGCUUGCAAGAUAAAAAGAUUAAAGAAAAAAAUAGAAAAUAUGACUUAAAAGGAGAUCAGCUAGAAUUUGAUAUAAAUGUAAAGAAAUUUUUCGGAAUUGAAGAUGAGGAGAAUGAGCUUGAUAAAGCUGCUGCCGUUUUUUAUGGAGUGGACGUCAAAAGAAAUGAGCCAGAGCUUUCACCUGUGGUAAAUGCAAAGACGAAUAUAAAGUCAGUAUCUCAUGACCCAAUUACAGGGUCACUUACUUUUCUCUCACUUAAAUUUCUUUUAAAUAUGGGCAAUUCCAUAUAAAAAAAAAAUUUUAUUUAAAAAUAUUUUCUAUUAAAGGAAGUCAGAAAUUAUAAAGUCGAACGAAAGAAGCUGUAUCCAUUGGGAAAUCCAAAACCAGAAGAAGUUUCAGACAAAAUCAAUGAUGUCCAGCUCGAUGCCACAUAUGAAUUCCCACAAUUUGGAAAAAAAGUGCCAAGAAAUAAAAUUUCUAAUCCUUUAACUGGAGAAGUAAUAGAAAUUGAUAGGAGUGAACUGAAUUCUAAAGCUUUUGCUAUUGUUACAGACAGAAAACUCAGAGGCUCUCUUAGUCAGCCAGAUUUGACUUCAAAUGCAAGCACAGGAGAUAUUUUCAAAAUUGGUAAAUCUGAGCUACCAAGAAACUUCCCAGCCUCCCCUCAGAGACCAAUAUAUAAAGGCAUGGGCUAUAAAAAAUCAUCAAUAUUCGAAUAA